CUCUUACUUGAAACUUUCGUUCUUUUUUUUUUUUUAUAUCAUUAGUGCAUGGAGCUAAACGGUUGCUCAACCCUCUAUAUAAUACGUCUUAUCGUCGAUCAAUAUUACAAUCUUACGCAUGUAGCUCAGGUUCAUUCCAAUCUUACAUCAAAGUGAAGCUAUAGAUUAAUCAUAAAAAGGAAGAAAAGCAAAAGCGUAAUGUUAAAAGUGGGUCCAUUUCCUAGUCCUAAUCAUAAACCAUCUCAAGAAGCCAAGGAAAGCAACAAAAUAGUGGUUUGGGAUGAGAAAGGUAAAACCAAACUUACACAAAUGUUUAUAUCUUACGACGAAGAUUACAUCAACUCCCUUGCAUUUCAAUACAUUGAAGAUGGCAAAUUGACGCUUUCUCCUGUUUUUGGUUCCCAACAUCUCGACAGUCCCACAUUUGAUACUGUGACAUUCAUGGGCGGAAGUGAUAAAGAGUAUUCUUAUAUCACGAAAAUUAGCGGUGUGUGGGGUAAGAGAGGCCCUACUAUGAAACUUGGGUUGACAACAUUGACAAUUGAAACGGAUAAAGCAACCUACGGGCCGUUUGGAUGUGCAAAACAGCCACAAUUUCAGGACGGAUUAUUCAGUAUUAGCUUGGGACUUGAAGAUCAAUUUGGGGGAUUUCAUGGCACUUCUUCAUCUCACAUUAUAACAUCCAUUGGAGUUUAUGUGAAGCCUGUCCAAGAUUUGGGUGCCAUUUUAAACAAGACUAACAUAUCUGUUGAUUGAAAUUUUAUACCAAAUGAAUGUGUAAGGUAUCAAUGGCAACAUGUUAGGAAACUUGCACAAACAAUGAUAUAGAGAAUUUAAUUUGUAUUCUCUCCUUCUAUUCAAAGGCCAAAGAAAAUGAGCUAAGAUA